UGCUCACUCUUCACCCAUUUAAAUGUUUGCACAUGUUUUCAUGGGUUUGCACAUGUUCUCUCAACUAUAGAAUUGGGUAGCAUCUAGCAAUUUGAUUUGAAUAAGAUAAAAAUCUCCCCAGCCAACUUCUGUCUAUACUAUUCAGAUGACUGUAAAUAAACUUACUCAAUAUUUAUCCCCAAGAAGCAAGAACUAAAAAAGAAAAAAAGAAAAAAAAAAGAGAGAGCCAAAAGGAAGGAUGGAGAUAAAUCGUAGUAGAUUCUACCUCGCCCCCAGGAAGUAGGUUUGGUAAGCCACUAAGUUUUUUUAGGUGGAAGGAAAAACUUCCUGUGACCCAUACAGUAUCAUGCCAGUUCCAUUGUGAAUAUCUAUGUGUGGCCCUGAAGCCGCCAGCCCAGGUAUGACUUGUGGAGUUAAUGAUUAUCCCAGAAGUUAUAUAAACUUACUUGGCUCCACUGGGCUACCGGCAGUUCACCUGCAGAGGAGUCUCCGGGAACCAGCAUGUUCCCUUUGCUCAUUGGGGUUGGACUGAUGGUUCUGAACCUAGUGACCCCUGCCAGGAGCCAGAAAACAGAACCCCUUAGUGGGUCUGGGGACCAGCCACUCUUCCGGGGAGCAGAUCGCUAUGACUUUGCCAUCAUGAUCCCUCCAGGAGGCGUAGAAUGCUUUUGGCAAUUUGCCCACCAAAGUGGAUACUUCUAUUUCAGCUAUGAGGUUCAGCGGACACUGGGAAUAUCACAUGACCGGCAUAUUGCUGCCACUGCACAUACCCCACAAGGUUUUCUCAUAGAAACCUCUCAGAAUGUCCGGGGCCAGAUUAACUUCUCUACCCACGAGACAGGUUUUUAUCAACUUUGUCUAAAAAAUCAGCAAAAUCACUUUGGUUCUGUGCAAGUGUACCUCAAUUUUGGAGUCUUCUAUGAAGAGCCUGAGAUAGACCAUAAACAGAACGAAAGAAAACAACUGAAUAACACUCUGGAUGCAAUUGAGGAAAGUACACGAAAGGUACAGAAAAAUAUCUUUCACAUGUGGCGUCAUUACAACUUUGCCCGCAUGAGGAAAAUGGCUGACUUUUUCCUUCUCCAAUCAAACUAUAACUAUGUGAACUGGUGGUCGAUGGCCCAGAGCCUUGUGAUUGUUCUUUCUGGGGUCCUGCAGCUGUACUUCCUGAAGCGCCUCUUCAAUGUCUCAACGACUACUGACACAAACAAGCCAAAAUGCUAAGCAAACAUAAUUACAGUGUGCUGGCUCUUUUCUUCUGGGGCGGAGUCUUAUCAAAGCUUUGUUAAAUCAGCUUUGUAAAGUUACUGGGGGGGGGGAAUAAUCAAUUUCUCCUAUUAGAAAGUUUUAGUUUACUGCACUCAUCUACUGAGGCAAAAUGGCAAUAAAGGAAUAAAAAUGUG